UCGGUGGGGUCAUGUUCCAAUUCUAAUCUUCUUCUUAGAUUAAAUAAUUCAGGUGGUGGUGGUCUGUUUUAAAUAAAUAAAUAAAAAAUAAAUGUGGCUGAUUUAAUUUUUCUCCCUCAAUUUUAGCCCAACAAUAAUUUACAACUUUGUUGUCUUGUUUUUGUUGUUUUAACUCUCUUGUGUUUGGAUUUUGUGUUGGUCUCAGAGAUGCAACAAGAUCAGCGUAGAAAGAAUCCAAAAGAGGUCGAAUUCUUUACGGAAUACGGUGAAUCAAAUCGAUACAAAAUUUUGGAGAUCAUAGGGAAGGGAAGUUAUGGUGUUGUUUGUUCAGCUGUCGAUACACACACCGGGGAAAAGGUUGCGAUCAAGAAAAUAACGGAUAUAUUUGAACACGCGUCAGAUGCUAUACGUAUAUUACGUGAGGUUAAGUUAUUACGACUUUUAAGGCAUCCGGAUAUUGUUGAGAUCAAGAGGAUCAUGUUGCCACCUUCUAGACGGGCCUUUAAAGAUAUUUAUGUUGUAUUUGAACUUAUGGAAUCCGAUCUUCAUCAAGUAAUAAAGGCCAAUGAUGACUUGACACAUGACCACCACCGGUUCUUUUUAUAUCAAAUGCUACGAGCUUUGAAGUAUAUGCAUACAGCUAAUGUAUACCAUCGAGAUCUUAAACCAAAGAAUAUUUUGGCAAAUGCAAAUUGCAAGCUCAAGAUAUGUGAUUUUGGACUAGCAAGGGUUGCAUUUAAUGAUGCCCCGGCAGCAGUACUUUGGACGGAUUAUGUAGCAACAAGAUGGUACAGGGCCCCUGAGCUAUGCGGAUCAUUUUCUUCAAAGUAUACCCCUGCUAUUGAUAUAUGGAGCAUCGGCUGUAUCUUUGCUGAAGUAUUAACCGGAAAGCCACUUUUCCCUGGUAAAAGUGUCGUUCAUCAGUUGGAACUUAUCACUGACCUUCUAGGGACACCAUCAUCAGACACCAUUUCUGGAGUUCGUAAUGAUAAGGCAAGAAAAUACUUAAUGGAUAUGCGUAAAAAGAAACCAGUGCCACUUUCACAUAAAUUUGUAAACGUUGACCCCCUAGCACUCAGGCUAUUGCAGAGGAUGUUAGCAUUUGAUCCGAAGGAGAGGCCAACUGCUGAAGAGGCUUUAGCUGAUCCUUACUUCAAGGGGUUGGCUAAACUUGAGAGGGAGCCAUCUUGUCAAUCUAUCUCAAAGAUGGAAUUCGAGUUUGAGAGGCGUAGGAUCACAAAAGAGGACAUCAGGGAACUGAUUUUCCGGGAAAUUCUGGAGUAUCAUCCUCAACUCCUGAAAGAUUAUAUGGCUGGGAAUGAAAACACAAGCUUUCUCUAUCCUAGUGCCAUUGGUCAAUUCCGUAGACAAUUUGCAUAUUUAGAAGAAAACAGUGGGAAAAACGAGCCCGUUGUACCUCCAGAACGGAAGCAUGCUUCCCUCCCACGGUCAUCAGUGAAUUCAAGUAUGAUUGCUUCUAGACCGCAGCAAACUGCCGUUGCAUUUGAUAAAAGGCGAGUGAUAGACAAUGCAACUAGUACACCUGGAAACAUUUACAAUGCUGCUACUCGGCCUUCCCCUAGGAUGCCUACAGCUCAACAAGGAAGAGGUAUAGUGCCUGUUAUUUCGUAUGAAGAACGAGUGUUGGUGAAAAAUACAGUAGCCCCAUCAGUGGCUCUUCCUCCACAAUAUGUAUAUAUGACAACCAAUGGAGGAGAUCAAACAAUUAGGGACCCGGGUUUGAUAGUUAAACAUCCGCACCCUCAACCUCAACCUCAACCGCACCAGCAAACAGGUGUGGCUAAAUUGGCUGGAGGAAUAGUGAUUGACUUAAAUACUAAUCCAUAUUACACCCACCCACAUGCAAAUGUGCAACCACGUGGUAUGUUGAACCAACAGCCUAAUGAACUGAUAGCAAUCGAUGCUAAGCUUGUACAAUCUGGAACUCAGUUUGGUCAUGUAGCCACUGCGGCUCAUACAGUUGUUCAAAUUGGACUAUCCUAAAGGGUGUUACACGACCCCAUAUGUUUUUAUAUUUGGGAGAAGUGAUCUUUAGUUGCUAGUUCUUGUCUUGUAAAUUACGAACUCUGUUUUAGGGUUAAAAGAAUACGAAAGAGUGGUUUUCUUA